AUGGCGGCCGCGGAGGACGGGCAGCCGGCGGGGGACUGCGAAGGAGAGCGGCUGGAUUUCCUGCGGGACCGGCACGUGCGGUUCUUCCAGCGCUGCCUCCAGGUUCUGCCGGAGCGCUAUUCUUCGCUGGAGACCAGCAGGUUGACAAUUGCAUUUUUUGCGCUCUCUGGGCUGGAUAUGUUGGAUUCCUUAGAUGUGGUGAACAAAGAUGAUAUAAUAGAGUGGAUUUACUCCCUGCAGGUCCUUCCCACAGAAGACAGGUCAAAUCUAAAUCGCUGUGGUUUCCGAGGCUCUUCAUACUUGGGUAUUCCAUUCAAUCCAUCAAAGAAUCCUGGAAUAGCUCAUCCUUAUGACAGUGGCCACAUAGCAAUGACAUACACUGGACUUUCAUGCUUAGUUAUUCUUGGAGACGACCUAAGCCGAGUAAAUAAAGAAGCUUGCUUAGCAGGCCUGAGAGCUCUUCAGCUGGAAGAUGGAAGUUUUUGUGCAGUACCUGAAGGCAGUGAAAAUGACAUGCGAUUUGUAUACUGUGCGUCCUGUAUUUGCUAUAUGCUCAACAAUUGGUCUGGCAUGGAUAUGAAAAAAGCCAUCAACUAUAUUAGAAGAAGUAUGUCCUAUGACAAUGGGUUGGCACAGGGAGCUGGACUUGAAUCUCAUGGAGGCUCAACUUUUUGUGGCAUUGCAUCACUGUGUCUCAUGGGUAAACUAGAAGAAGUUUUUUCAGAAAAAGAAUUGAACAGGAUAAAGAGAUGGUGUAUAAUGAGGCAACAAAAUGGUUAUCAUGGAAGACCGAAUAAGCCUGUAGACACCUGUUAUUCUUUUUGGGUGGGAGCAACCCUAAAGCUUCUGAAAAUUUUCCAAUACACUAACUUUGAGAAAAAUAGAAAUUACAUCUUAUCAACUCAAGAUCGACUUGUAGGGGGAUUUGCCAAGUGGCCAGAUAGUCACCCAGAUGCUUUGCAUGCAUACUUUGGAAUUUGUGGCCUGUCUCUAAUGGAGGAAAGUGGAAUUUGUACAGUUCAUCCUGCCCUGAAUGUAAGCACACGGACUUCUGAACGCCUUCGAGAUCUCCAUCAGAGCUGGGAAACCAAGGACUCUAAGCCGUGCUCAGAGAAUGUACACAUCUCCACAUGA